AGCUGCAGAGUCACUUACAACAACGUCUCACCUGAAAGACGGAGCACAAGGAGGUUAAGUGACUUGCUCAGGGUCACACAAUGAGUCAGUGGCUGAGCUGGGAUUUGAACCGUGGACCUCCUGGUUACAAGCCUGUUUAUUUAACCACUGGACCACUCAGCCUCCUAAAAGGAACAAUAAGCUCCUAACAACCAGGUUUGAGGACAAAAUGACUCCUUGCUGAUCAGUCUUUAAGAGAAUGUAUUAUAAAACACCAAACAUACUUAUUAAACGAAAAGAGAACUAUAGUAACUUUCAUCCAUCAUUCUUGAGAUUAGACAGAUACAAUCCUCUGGUAUUAUAAAAACGUAUUACAAGAAAUUCUGUGUCCCUUCAAUAGUAAAGCCAGCCCUGCUAUUAAAUCCAGGUUUUGUCGGUCCCUUGAAUGGCCUUAGUAGCACUAUAUUUAAAUAAAUGCAUUUCUUUUUCAGCUGCUACUAAGCAGAAUCCCGUGUGCUGCCAUGAACAGUGUGGAGAUGGAAUCUGUCCAGAUUAAAGAGGAGUUCUCUGAACCUGAACUUGUCCCCUUUAGAGCGGAGGUCUCUGGGCUGGCUUCCCUUCCCAUUAAACAGGAGCUCUGUGAGAUGCAGUGUGACAGCAGUCAGUCAGAGGUCUCUGAGAUUAAAGCUGAGCACAAUGAAUUGGAGAUCUCUCAGACAGAAGAACCCCUUCCUGUGAAACAAGAAGAGGUGCUGGAAAUUAACCAUAUUAAACAGGAGCCCCCUGAAGUAGAGUUUGCCCACAUGGAACCAGGGAAGGAAGAAUCCGAGGACUUCAAACCAAACAUCCCUGAGCUGGAGAGAGUCUGCGUGAGAGAGCAAGGUGCUGGAGAGGAAGGCUCUCCCAACAGCAUGCAAGGAGGUGGAAAGGAAGAUGGGCAGUCACAUUCAGAAUGCAGUCUAGCAGGUUCCAGUCCAGCAGCUAAAGCGAGGGCAGGCGGUGGAGAAUAUCCUGACUGUGGUAAAGGUUUAACGCAGUUAGGGCAUUUAAACAAAACCCAGCGAACUCACACAGGCGAGAAACCGUAUUGCUGCACUGACUGUGGGAAGAGUUUCAGUCAUUCAAACAGCCUUGUUUUACACCAGCGAAUUCACACAGGAGAGAAACCGUAUCACUGUUCUGACUGUGGGAAGAGUUUCAGUCAGUCAAACAGCCUUGUUUUUCACCAGCGAACUCACACAGGAGAGAAACCGUAUCGCUGCUCUGACUGUGGGAAGAGUUUCAGUCGGUCAAACAGCCUUGUUUUACAUGAACGAACUCACACAGGAGAGAAACCAUAUCACUGCUCUGACUGUGGGAAGAGUUUCAGUCGGUCAAACAGCCUUGUUUUACACCAGCGAACUCACACAGGAGAGAAACCAUAUCACUGCUCUGACUGUGGGAAGAAUUUCAGUCGGUCAGGCAGCCUUGUUUCACACCAGCGAACUCACACAGGAGAGAAACCGUAUCGCUGCUCUGACUGUGGGAAGAGUUUCAGACAGUUAGGCAGCCUUGUUUCACACCAGCGAACUCACACAGGAGAGAAACCGUAUCACUGCUCUGACUGUGGGAAGAGUUACAGUCAGUUAGGAAGCCUAAAAGGACACCAGCGAACUCACACAGGAGAGAAACCGUAUCACUGCUCUGACUGUGGGAAGAGUUUCAGUUGGUCAGACAGCCUUGUUUCACACCAGCGAACUCACACAGGAGAGAAACUGUGUCUCUUAAACAAGCCCUUCCAAAACACCAGUGAAUUCACAGAGGAGAGAAACCUUAAAGACUGUUUUGUGUAUCACUCUUAACCCUUUGCGGUCCAUUUUUUCAGCAUGUAUGUUUUGUGUAUCACUCUUAAGAGCAUGCAUUUUAAAUUGUAAAAAUGCAAAUCCACUCUCUUGCUCUCUGUCAAAGUGGGCAGUGACGUGAACACGUCACAAGAGGCUUCUCUGCUGUCAGUUUAACUCAGGCUGUCAAUGCAGUCAGUGCCUGGGAGCGGGAAUAUGCAGAAAGGAAACGAUUCACACCUCAUCUGAUGGACGAGUCAGGAGAAAUCAAUAACUCAGUGUGGAAAUGAGUUUCAGGAUUUAACAUUUGAACUUCAUUAACUUGAAAAUAAAUAAAUUGAUGGGAAUGAGUAUCCAGACCCCUGAUGUAGCAUCCUAGAGACGAGACUGCAGCGUCCUUACUGGGCAACCACCUGGAGGAUGUGUCUUGUAAAGUCAUCACGUUUCAAAAACGAAUGAAAACUGAUAGUGUCGCAUGACUGUAUUAUGACAUGAAUGAGUGAAUAUUGCGUGACGUGUCGCUUUGCAGUGUGCAUUGUCCAUGCUUGUGUUUGUGUUGCUUUUGUAAAGUGCCCCGAGUAAUAGCAGUGCAGUGUAACGGAUGUGCAAUGGAUGUAUUUAUUUUUUUGAAUGUAAUAAGAUUGAGUUUUAUUGUGUGAUUUUUAUCAUUUUUACUGUUGCACUGUCCCUUUAAACUCCAGGAAGACUGUUGGUCUCAAUAGUAAUUGCAGUGCUAAUUCGUAAUGGGGCCAGCUGUAUAAGAACAGGUGGGAUUAAUCAGUGCGAGGGCGAUCGGGUUUGAGAGAUUUGUGAGCUGAGAGCACGGGUCGGGGAACUACUGUUUGGUAAGGAUUGUAACUUUUCAAGUGUAAUACUGAGGCGCUGUGAAUUGGCUGAAGCGCUAGAAGUUAAUGGUAAACUAUUCAUAUUGAAUAGUUUGGUCCGCUCUAUAUUGGAGUGGUUUCAGUGAAGUAUCCCCCGUACUCUUAGACGUCGGUCGCAAUUGUAUGGGGUUGAUUACAAAAGAGAAUGUGCAUUGUCUGUAUUCUGAGUUUGUAAUUACGAUCCUGUGAAUUUUGAUGUAAUUAUCUGAGCGCUGCAUACAAACUUUUUUUCUGUGUUAUUGGUUGUUUUAGACUUUUAGAGUAGCGUCUUUGUCCUGAUUAUCCUAACUGUAAUUGUGUAUGUGUUUACAAUGUAUAGUUAUGAGAGGUCUGUUAACUGUUGAUUGCACACCUGCACUUUAUCAACUUGUGUAUUAACGAAAAUAGCGGCUAUUGGAGGGUUUAAGCAUUAUAGGCAUUUUUUAGGUUGCAUGACGUUUUCUGUUCUAUGAAAAUCACUGAUUAUGACUUUUUUUUAGUGUGUUAUUUAAGGUUUGUUUUAUUGUUUGGAAUUGUGUUUGUGGAAACCACUAUUUGCUUGAAGGCUGUUAUUUAAAAGUGUUAUUGUGCUGUGAAUUAUCUUUUUAUUUAGAAGUGUUGGUGUGACAUGACUUAGUUUAAAGUAUCCUAGUGCUUAGGGUCUGAUGGGAUCGCUCUUGGUUAAUAAUCUGCUGCUAUAGUUUAAAGGUUGCUGCUAUCAAAUCUGCUGCUAUAGGUAAAAGCUGUGAUAUUUUGUUUAAAUAAAAUUCUUGUUUUUAUACCUUGUUGUCCUCACUUUACACACUGUGCUGUCUUGAUUUUUAAAGAACCUGUUAUUUAUUUGGAGUUAUAUUAACUUCAAAUUGGCGUAGUCAUUAAUCCUACUUAAAUUGGUUAUUUAAGAUAGUCAAUUUAAUUAUAGGGAUAACUGAGGGGGUUAUCCUUGGUUAACUAGUGAACAGUGUUUUGGACGGGGGGCGCUACAGCAGCAGGCAUGUGUACGGAUCUUGGGUACAGAAAGUCAUAGCGGUUUCAUCCCUGGCUCUUUCUUGCUCUUUUGCAGUAUCUUGCACUCGGUGACAAAUUCCCAAUGAAAAUGUAGCUGAGCUAUGACUAUUAAUCAGGGUUCGUACGCUAGUCUGGAAGUCUGGAAAAAGUAUGAAAAAAUGCAAAACUGAUUUCCAGGGCUUGAAAAUGCUUGAAAAACCACGUCUCCGUUAUGAAAGUCUUGAAAAAGUCUGGAAUUUUACUAGCAUCACGGGAAAAUUAAAAUGAUUCUGCGAUUACUUUUAUUAUUAAUAGUAAUUGAUCUCUAAAGCGGGUCAGCAGCUCUAGCAGUAACUGUCUAGGCAAUUUACUAGUAGCAGCUAUGUUGCUUGUGACCAAAUCCCGCGAGGAUUGCCCCGUGUAUCACCCCUGACAACGUCCUCACAACUCAAAAGCAAUCCUAUCCAGUCAGCGCACUGGUAUAUGUCACAUUACUGUCUGCUCCAGUGAAACGAAGGGUAAAAUGGACUCUACGACAGCCAAGGCUAUGAUUUUUUAAACAAAGUUACAGACUGGAAUUACAAGCUACUGUACUCUGCUCACCGAGAUUCACAUUGUGUUAUCUUGUUGUUACCUUUAUUAAAUCGUUAAUGUUAUUUCCCAACCCAGGAAAAAAAAUCGAAUACGAUAGUUGGGGUGUAUUCAAACUGGGUUCAUUUCAAACAUCCUCAGUUCGGUUCGUUUGCUUUGAAGCAGUGUAUCAAUGUGCUAGCUGUUCACACUUGCCUUGUAUACAAACGUACUGAGUUCGUUUGGAAAUUAACUGGGGCUCAUUUUCGUGGUUCACUUCCAUGUUUUCCCAGGACUCAGUUCACUUGUGUUCAUAUUGAAAUAGUCAGGGCAGCAGUGUGGAGUAGUGGUUAGGGCUCUGGACUCUUGACAGGAGGUUUGUGGGUUCAAUCCCAGGUGGGGACACUGCUGCUGUACCCUUGAGCAAGGUACUUUACCUAGAUUGCUCCAGUAAAAACCCAACUGUAUAAAUGGGUAAUUGUAUGUAAAAAAUAA